AUGGGCAUAAUCGAAGAGCAGCGCUACCUCCACGAGGACCUCGAGCGCCUCGAGCAGGGUAUCGCCGACCGCAUCAGCGAGGAACCAAAACACAUUCGCGACCGCCUUAAUCGCGACCAUGAGAUCGGCCAGCUGCUCGACCAGAUCCAGACGCAGUCCGUCAAGCUCCUCGACAUUUACCGCGACGCCGACGGCCAACGCUCGCGCGAGAUCCAGAACAUUGGAACCGGCGACCCCUUUGAGGAGUUCUACGGCCAACUCAAGGACGCCCGCGAGCACCACGCAAAGUAUCCCAACGAGCAGGCCGAGAACUCGGAGGUGCGCUACCGCGUCAAGAAGCCCGACGAUGGCGAGAUCAUGCCCUACAUUGUCGACCGUCUCUUCACAGGCGAGGAGGGCUUUGGCCGCUUCUUCGACCUGCACACCUGCCACGAAUCGUACCUCAACUUGCCCAACGUCAAGCGCCUAUCGUAUCUGCAGUACCUCGAGGUCUUUGACAACUUCAGCUCGGGCUACGGCGGCUUGAAGCGCGCCGAGAAGUUGACGGACCAGUACUUCAAGUACGUCGGCGAGCUGGCCGAGUACCUCGAGUCCUUCAUGCGCCGCACGCGGCCGCUCGAGAACCUCGACAAGGUGUUCCUGGGCUUCGACAACGACUUCGAGACAGCCUGGGAGAAGGACGAGGUGGUCGGGUGGCAGAAGGAGGAGGGCACAAACGGCACGGCGCGGGAGCCCAGCACGGCCGACGCAGUGUGGUGCGACGACUGCGAGAGGGAAUUCAAGAACGAAAACGUCUAUCGGUCACACCUGACGGGCCGCAAGCAUAUCAAGGCCGCCGAGGCGAGGAAAGCGCGCCGCGAUGAGGAGGGCGGCGACGGGGUGGACGGCAGCACCAACGGCAACAAAGUAUCGGCGACGAGGCUCAAGGAGAGGGCGGUCGCCGAACGCGAGUACCGCGUCAAGCGGCUCGCGGCGGCCAUGAGCACGGAGCGCGGCGACACGCGGGUCAACGUCGAGCGGCGCCAGGGCAUGACGGAGCGCGAGCGUCAGCAGGAGCUCGAAAACAUCCUGAACCUGUCGUACUCGGCACCCGGCGGCGGCGGCGGCAUGCACGGCGGCGGGGCCGGCGACGGCGACGACGAUGACGACGACGGCGAGGACGGUGAGGAGAAGAUCUACAACCCGCUCAAGCUGCCGCUCGCGUGGGACGGCAAGCCCAUCCCCUUCUGGCUGUACCGGCUGCACGGCCUCGGCGUGGAGUUCCCCUGCGAGAUCUGCGGCAACUUCGUCUACAUGGGCCGCCGGGCCUUUGACAAGCACUUCAACGAGGCUCGCCACGUGCACGGCCUGCGGUGCCUGGGCAUCACCCACACGAGCCUGUUCCGCGACAUCACGAGCAUCGAGGAGGCCGUCAACCUGUGGGACAAGAUCCAGCGCGAGGCCAAGAAGACCAAGGUCGACGAGGGCAGCGUCGUGCAGAUGGAGGACGCCGACGGCAACGUCAUGCCGGAGAAGGUCUACUACGAUCUGCAGAAGCAGGGCUUGUUGUAA